ACCAGCAGAUUCAAUAUUAUGGCCGAGGAGUUGGUCUCGCUUCCUCUCUGGAUUUGAGUCUCCUGUCUCCAAGAUGGGCCCCUCCAGAGCAGCAGGAUGUCCAGCUGAAGAGAUGGAGAGUGUGACAUAGGAGGGUCCAGCCUGUCGUCUCGACUUCAUCCACCUCCCUCUGCCUACCUCUCAGUUUUGUCCACUUCUCCCUCUGCAGUCUCCUGGGGCCAGCGUGGUUGCUUGGUUGGCGAGGCUAAGGGGGGAGGGGUGAAGCCGGGGGAGCUUAGGCUGGAGGUCAGACCUUCCAGAGGAAUCUCCUAAUGGUCUUAGGGAAGCUUAGCUGGCCUGGGCCCGCCCCCUCGCCCCUGCCCCCUUGGCCGCUGAUAGGAGAUGAGGAAGAGGCUGCUCAAGCCUCUUGGAAAGGGAGGAAGAGGGCCCUAGCCUAGGAAUCAACCAGCAGAGGCCCGGGAGGGGACAGACACUUGCUCCCUGACACUCCUGGGGGCCAAGAUGGGGCAGCAGUUCAGCUGGGAGGAGGCGGAGGCGGCUGGGGAGAUGGACGUGGCGGAGCUGCAGGAGUGGUACAAGAAGUUCGUGGUGGAGUGUCCCAGCGGCACGCUCUUCAUGCACGAGUUCAAGCGCUUCUUCAAGGUCACAGGCAACGAGGAGGCCACCCAGUAUGUAGAGGGCAUGUUCCGGGCCUUCGACAAGAAUGGGGACAACACCAUCGACUUCCUGGAGUACGUGGCAGCCCUGAACCUCGUGCUGAGGGGCACCCUGGAGCACAAGCUGAAGUGGACCUUCAAGAUCUAUGAUAAGGACCGCAAUGGCUGCAUCGACCGCCUGGAGCUGCUGGACAUCGUGGAGGCAAUUUACAAGCUGAAGAAAGCCUGCCGGGCAGAGAUGGAGGCCGAGCAGCAAGGCCAGCUGCUCACCCCCGAGGAGGUCGUGGACAGGAUCUUUCUCCUGGUGGAUGAGAACGGAGACGGCCAGCUCUCCCUGAACGAGUUCAUUGAAGGCGCCCGUCGGGACAAGUGGGUGAUGAAGAUGCUGCAGAUGGACGUGAACCCGGGUGGCUGGAUCUCCCAGCAGAGACGGAAAAGUGCCAUGUUCUGAGGGGCCUGGGGCCCUGGGAGCCCUGGGGGAGUCUACAACCACCUCCAGGACUCCAGGAUCACCCAAGUUUCCAGAGUAGCGGGAGGGUUCCUGGCUCAGCCUGCGUGUGCCCACUCUCACCCUGACAUGGACUUCCUGCCACCCCUGUGCAGGGGUGAGUGGGGAUGGGGAAGAGCUGCUGGGUCAGAAGUGGCCCAGGGCGCACAGUCCAUUGUGGAGGAUUUCUGGGGGCGGGGAAGAGAACGCAGUUACGCCCCCCUUUGGAUGCUCCUGGGAGAACCACGCCUGGGCUGGGUGGUGCGGGGCUCCCACAGAUCCCUAGGCGUUCCCAGUCGGGAGCAGGAGUCAACUGAGAGGAGUAGGGGCCCCACGGGCCGAGCCAGCUAUGACAACGCCCACACUCAUGAGUGUGAAGCAGGGGCCGAAAGGUGUUGGGACUGAAGAAAAUGUAGGAGCGUGUGUUGGGACCCCCCAGGAUCCCAAGCGGGGUUCCCUGGGGAGGGCCCUCGCCUGCUCCUCCCCACCACGUCCUCACCAACGGAAAGCUGCAGCAAGGAAGCGGCAGGCUGCGGUCCUCCUGCCAUUUGGAGCGGUCAGUUGGCUGUGCUUAAAGGGGCUGUUUCAGCUCUGCCCCGGGGGGGGGCUCCCCAGCCGGGGGGUGCUCCCCAGCCCUGCUGCCGACCUGCCUCCCCCGACCUGCCUCCCCCGACUCCCCCUCGUCUUCCAUACCUGCCCUGCCCCUACCCGCCCCCAGCCCGGGCCUUCCACAGUUCCCAGCAUAAGCCGAACGUAUCUCUUCAAAGGACGGAGAAACCUUCUCUCUGUCUCUGGGGAGAACUGGGGGCCUGCUGACCUGGGCUCUAGGCCUCCAACUGCUGUGUGACCCCAGAUGGCCACUCCUCUCCCCUAACCUUGGUUGUCUGUCUGCACAGUGAGAGCAGGUUGGACGUGGUGAGCAGUUUUCAGAUUAUUUUUUUAGAUGUGGAUUCAGCCCCAAUAUAGAAACUGGAUUAAAGGGGAGCAGCUCGGGUUGAAGGGGGCCAGGGAACUCGGUUCCCUCCCAGCCCCGGAGCCAGAGGCCCCUCUGAAAAAACUAAGUGAAAAUCAGCAGCCUGGAUCACUGUCAUUCCCGUGAGAUCAUUUAAAAGUGGGACCUGGAAAAACAUUUGUUUUACUUUGAAUAGCUAUGUUUUUAUGUUGAUGUAUAAAAAAUAAA